UGGCUCCCAAUCCCUCCCCUCGGCUCGACGCCCUGCCUCUUUCUUCCUCCUCGCGUCCUCCUUCCCUCGCUCCCAUUUCCUUUCAAACCCUAAGAGCCCGAUUCCCCGCUCAAAACCCUAACCCUAGCUCCCCCGCCUCCUUCCCUCCGCGUCACCCACCGCUCCGCGGCAUCCCUCGCGGCUCCCGCGGCCCGGCGCGCCCGGCCCUGCCACUCGGCCCUCGCGGACCUAGGGUUUCUCCCGGGCCCGAGCUGCUCGUUCGUUCACUGCCUUGGGCGAGCCGGUGCAAGCGGUUGGUUGGGCGAGGAGGUGGUGAGCGGAGAUGAGAUGAGGUUGCAGCGGCGGUGGGGGUGGUGGGAACUAUGAGUAGGCUCUCGUUCAGGCCGCGGCCGCUCGACAUCCACAAGAAGCUCCCCAUCCUCAAGUCUGUUCGGGAGUUCGAGGAUGACGAGCCAGGGGUCGCGCCGCUUUCCUCUGCGAGGGCUGGGGUGCUGCUGCGGCACUCAGGAGCUGAGCUCACCGCGUCUGGGGCGAACAACGCCACAGAAGGCGAGGGAAAUCAAGCACCCAGUAAGAAAAAUGCCCAAGAAAUACCUACACCGCAGUUUGAUGCUGUGGACACAUAUGAAAGGGAUUAUACUCGUACCUUUGCACAACCGACAUCUUAUAUACGUGGAAGAGGAGCCAGAGCUGAGAUCGGUGAAUUUGUUGAGUAUGACCUAGACAAUGAAGAUGAGGACUGGCUUGAAGAAUUCAAUAACGAGCGGAAGAAUAUAAACCCUGAAAAGUUGGAGGUCCUCCUAUUCAAGCUGGAAGUUUUGGACCACAAAGCUCGUGAAAGAGCAGGAGCCAUAACACCAACGUUCAUAGGACCAGUGCCAGUCCUCUUGCAGCUAGAUGCUGCUAUGGAGGCUCUGCAGUACUUGUCUGUUCGAUAUGCUGUUUUCCAAGCUGUAUAUAACUACUGGAAAGCAAAGAGGGAGCGAUGGCAAAAGCCUAUUCUUCGGCGUUUGCAGCCGCCUCCACCAGUGAAUGAUACAAAUCCAUACAAUGUCUUCAGACCAAGAGAAAAGGCCCAUCGUCUUCAUACAAGAAGGAUGCAAAGAAGGGAAAACAAUAUCCAAUCAUUUGAAAAACUCCGCCUGGUGCGACGCAACUUGGAGCAAGCAAAAGCACUAAUGGAUGCUUUGAUUAAGAGGGAAGAGACAAAGCGGGAGGCCAUGGAGUGCCAAGUUAACCUGCAACGUGUUCAGAUGAAAUAUAAGAAUGAGGCCCAGCUUGUUGAGGAUGGGACUACCUUGUCUGGCUUCCAGCAAACUUCUAGCAGAUUUGAAUCAAGUGAUGAUGAUUAUGCGGAUUCAGAUGACACCACAACUGAACAGCCAUACAUACGUCCAGCUGUUUUCCAUCCUAGGUUCCCUGCUAACAAGCUAUCUGUGAUCCCUCCACUUCGCAUAAAGCGUGAAAGAGAACUUAAAAGGAGGCCUCAGCAGAAUGGCUGGGUAUUUAAAAGGGAUCCUGAGGAACCAGUAUUCUUAUUCACAAGACCGCUUGAUCCGGAGAAGUUGGUCGCAGCUGGUAUCAAGCCACCACCAGAUCCUCCUAUUGAGAAUGGUGCCGCAUCACCACCAUUUCGGUGUCGAGGUAGGAUUGGACGAGGCGGCCGCAUCAUCUUUGAUCGAUGGAAUCCUCUUCUCCGGACACCAAUUGACCAGGAGACCUCUUAUUAUGUGCCAUACGGUCACAGGCCCCCAUCACCUGAAGGUGCCAAACCGGCCCUUGGAGAGCCUAUUUGUGACCACCUGAGUUGUGAGCUCAGUGGAUCUGAUGGAAAGGCAAGAAAGCUCCUUGAUAAGCAGCAGCCUCAAUGGAAGCUUGAGAGCGUAUGGGCUAUCGUGGGGCUAGCAUUUCUUGAUCAGAUGUGGCUUGGUCAUCUUUUUUCACAGCUGUUGUAAAAUUAUGGCAGUGUAGGUGAAAGAGUAGAUCUUUUUUUGUCUAAUCUUGGCAUUUAGGGUCAGUAUUCAUAUGAUGCUCUCUCAUUUGAUUAUUCAUUUGGAGGAGAGGAAAUCCUUCUCAUUGCUAAGUCCAGCUUUUCUGUAUAAUGCUUCAACACCUUGUUGCAUGUAUUCAACUAAUGCGCACGUGUGUAUAUACUGUAA